AUGGAACCAAUAUCACAGCUUAUUUCAGGGGCUGCUUUGGGAGUUGCCCUUCAACUGCUAAGUGAUUCGAUUAUGCAUGCAGUAACUACAGCCUCCAGCUUCAAAUUUAAGCUACGGCUUCUCCAGACAACCGUCAGGAUCUUGAUCGCAAGAUUCAAAGUUAUCAGAGGAGAACAACAGCAGUUUCCAGGAGCUGAAGCUCAAAGAUUGUGUGAAUUGUUGGCGAGAGGGAUUCAUCUUGUUUCUAAAUGCUCAAGAAUCUCACAAUGGAAUUAUUUCAAGAUGAGAAGAUACGAGAAAAGAAUUGAUGAGCUUGAUGAAUCUCUCAAACAUCUUUUAACGUUGAAUUUUCAGCUUUUGCAAUAUGAGAACAUGCGGAAACUUUUGACAAGGGUUAAUGAAAUGAGUAAGAAAUUGGUGGAUCAUGGAGAUGAGUUGCCUAAGCCUAGCCAUGUCGUACCUUUAAACGAUCAAGAAAACUCGUGGUACUCUCGGACUUCAAGCCACAGACAGCCAUCAAAACCAAGAUUUAGAAUGAGUUAUCAAAGAAGCGAAAAGAUUACCAAGUUUGGGUUUAGUUUCUGA